ACAGUUUUGACACAUGUCACUUGUCACUUUCCAAAAAAUACCACAGUGACGUGUAACUAAACACGGUCCAAAAACGCAAAACUGAAGCAAAAAUGUUAAACACACAACUGAUAACGUUCCUUUUUGUGAGCACACUCUUCACCUACGGACACUCGUUGUACUUCCACAUCGGUGAAACCGAACGAAAGUGUUUCAUCGAAGAAAUCCCGGAUGAAACCAAUGUCAUAGUCAACUACAAAGUGGAGUUGUACGACCCCCGAAGCGGCGGCUUCAUGCCGUCGUCGCCCGGCAUCGGCAUGCACGUGGAAGUGAGGGACCCCGACGACAAGACCCUCCUGUCUCGGGUGUACAGCUCCGAAGGAAAAAUGUCGUUCACGUCGCACACCCCCGGCGAGCACGUAAUUUGCAUGUACUCGAAUAGCUCGGCGUGGUUCAGCGGGUCGCAGCUGCGCGUCCAUCUGGACAUUCAAGUGGGGGAGCACGCCGUCAACUACGGAGAAGUGGUGCAAAAGGAGAAGUUAUCGGAGUUGCAACUGAGGGUGCGCCAGUUGUUGGAUCAGGUGGAUCAGAUCACCAAAGAACAGAACUACCAGAGGUAUCGAGAAGAGCGUUUCAGACAAACUAGCGAAAGUACGAACUCGCGAGUCUUGUGGUGGUCUGUCACUCAAACCGCGGUUUUGCUAGCCAUGGGGGCCUGGCAAAUGAAACACUUAAAGAGCUUCUUUGAAGCGAAAAAACUAGUGUAAUUUAUUGUUUGUAAUAAAGAUCUAUGUACA